AUGCCUGCUCUCCGGCAUACAGCUACGACAAACACAACAACAACAACAACGACAGAAACAGACCCAGACUCCGCCUCCCUCUACUCCGAGCACGCAGCCCUCCUCCUCCCAUCAAAGGACGGCACACAACCCGGCUUCGCACCCGAACAAUCUCUCUCUCGCGGCCUCCAAAUCCCUUCCAAGACUUCCCGACUCACAUCCGGAUUCGAGUAUCCUUCCAUACUGGGUACUCAAUACAACAUAUCGCGCGAUGAAUGGGAACAAUUCACACAUGAAAUUACGGAAAGUGCAAAAUUAUCACCUUCGCAAUGGACGACGGUCAUUGGUGUGGGUAUGGGUAUAAUGGCUGUAGGGGGUAUGAUGGUGGGCUUCUUCGGCGCGAUUCCGGCUGUUAUAGCCGCGAAACGGAAACGGGCGAGACAGGAGAAUGAAAACUCCCUAUCAUCCAAAAUCACUGCCUGGAACGAAACAUUCUUCAAACCUCGCGGAAUCAUGAUUCGCAUUGACAUGCCGUAUGAUCUCUCAGCGGUGGAAGACGGACUAGAUGUGAGCUCUACCUCUCGUACUGCUGCCAAAAAAUCACCACGAAAAUCUUCUUCUCCUUCCCAUGCCUCGUCGCGGCAGGGGUCGGUGUCUUCGUCUCUUUCGGGGUUGUCGGCAGAUAAAACUGACCGGGUAAAGGAGCGGUAUAAGGCUAGUCAUCGGUCCAGGAUUGUGAUUAUUCCGCUGAAUUCUGAUGGGAGAUCCGGGUCGGUGAUGAGUCAGGCUACUACUUUGGCGGAAGAGAGCCCUUAUAUUCCUGCUGUCUAUAAUUGAUUGUCUCGUUUUCAUGUCCUUGGUAUGAAAUUGUGUUUUUGAGGGAUUCCAGAUUGUUAGCGUUGUUCAUGAUAGUAUUUA